AAAAAUACAUGAACAUUUUGUGUUUUUGUUGUAGAUCUUACCGCUCAAGAUUAGAAAAUGGCUCAAAACUUCUCCCUAAAGACGGAAGAGUGGAAACAUACUCCAGGUCUGAACUAGACCCUAAGGAUUUUAUAAUUGCUGACAAGUGCAGUGGUAUAUAUGGCAGAAUUCCAGGCGACAUAAACGGACAGCAAUUUUUAAUCCAAAACUGUAAAAAUUCGUACAUCUACCUCCUAGAUCACUCGAUGACAAUCACAGUUGAUGACUGUUCAGACUGCACAAUCAUAACAGGGCCUGUAAAAACCUGUUUUUUCAUAAGAGACUGCCGACGGUGUGUAGUAGCGACUAUAUGUCAACAGUUCCGAUCGAGAGAUUGCCAUGACGCACUUGUUUUUUUGGCGUGUUCAACAGAACCUAUUAUUGAAUCUUGCACGAAUUUUACCUUUGGUCCUUACCAGUGCAGCUAUCCAGGUUUAGAAGAUCAUUUCACUGCAUCUGGUCUCAGUAUAUUCAAUUGCAAUUGGUCUGAUAUCUAUGAUUUUACACCUGAUGAAAAUACCGAUACUGUUCAUAUUUCAUUAUUAAAAACGACUGAUUCAAUGGACAAUUAUGUUUUAACACCACAGAAAGCAUUGGAACACGAACUUGAAAAUAGUAAACUUCAAGAGGGAGAUGACUCUAUGUCUCUUUUACAACCGUUAAUGUCAAUUCCAUUAUCUUUUUCAACUGAAAACUCUGUUAUUCCUUUUACAAUUGGCAAUAAAUCAUUAAAUAAUAAUACCUUGCCUCAAUCUUUAAAUCAAGUAAUAGAAACACAAUUCAAUAAAUCUGCGCUAAUUACAAUAUUUCCACAUGAAGCAUCUAUUCAAUCGGCUAAAAUAAUCUGUGAUUAUUUACGAAAACUUAAUUCUUGUACUAUUGUUCGAACUAAAUGCUCCCAAUUUUCUGAACAUGAGAUUGAACAAAUUUUCAAUUGUAACUCUAAAUUCUUUAAAUCAGGUAAUGUAAUUACGAUUGAAAUUACUGGCGACUCAAAUACACUGAAUACACUUUGUGAAGAAAUCAUGUCCAAAACAAAUCUUACAGUAUCUAGUAAAUUAUUUAUUCAAAUUAUUACAGAUUCAUUGGAGACAACAAAAAGAAUAAAUCUACUCAAUGGUCUUCACAAAAUGCAUAUGAACACAUAACUACUUCAAGACAGUAUUUAUCAUAUUAUUGAAUUGACUAAAGCACCAAUUUGCAUCAAUUUAUUUAAAGUAUCUUAUCAUGUUAUUUUUUUUUUGCUUUUCCAACAAUGGUAAUGGCGAAUUGUUUUGUAUGUUCA